GCGAGAGCGAAAGAUGCCCAAAGAAAACGGAAAGGACAAUGAUAUUAGCUAGCUACACUAGCUAACUAUUUCAAGUGGUAUUUAGCUAGUCCGGUUCAUUUGAUUGUUUUAUGGAUAUGAAAACAUCCAGACAAAGAGAAACAGAGAACGUGAAGCGCCGUUUUGCUUAAUCACUCCCCUCUUACCGAAAGCCGAUAUAUGAUAUGGAAGAAGGGGUACAUUGAGGGAGAUCACACAAGCAAUACCUGCAUUCUCCAGCUCGUGGUAUCUACUGGGAUGCAUCAUAAGUGAAUAAAAUGCCAUGACUUCCAUGCAAUGGAGGGUUUAAGCUUCUCUAUGGGUUCAUUGGGGAUUUCCAAGACCGCUCUGCGCAUUCAAGGCUUCAGUGCAGCGGUUCUAGGGCUGAUGGUGUUGGUGACAAUGAUCACAGCAGGUUCACCUGCAGCAGACUGGCCUUCGUUGGAUCCCACCAUGUUGGAAGAGUUUCGGGAAGACGUAUCAAGCUGGACUGAAUCACCCUCAGCCUUAUUAGUUUCACACACUGAGGCCUCUGAGCACCUAGACGACACUACAACUACAGCUCUCCUUUCACCUGGUCCCCUACCACUUGAGUCACCUUCUAGGUCUAGUGACCCCCUCCCAAUUGGUCCAGACCCUCUGUCCACUCCCCCUUUUAGCUCUUCGGAGCCUGUGAUUGGCCUUCAGCAACAACCUGAAGGCCCUGCCCGACUCUCAAGGGACAUGAAGCUCUCUGGGCCUAUCUCAACCAUGGCAGCUACCUCUUCAACCUUUGUUACAGUACCAAACCAGAAGCUUCUCGGACCACAGUCCAACACAUCCACAACACCCUUGAACUUCUCUACAGCCACCAGUGGGACUACAUCUCCACAGUUCAUUGUCCCAAACUCUAAUGAAAGAGCUUCAGAUGAACCUCCAUUAUUACUCCCCAGCAACCAGCAAGAUCCAUCAAAACAGACAACUCCUGCACUUAUGACAUCACUUCCUGUUGGACCCCUCGACCUGCCUAGACUGCCUGUUGACAAUCUUGUAGAUGUAGCAGCCCCAUCAGACCAAGCCAGCCCAGAGUCUAGACCUAAUCCAGACGUGUCCCAGAGUUUAGGAGAUCUCUCGCUGGAUCCCAAACUGCCACUUGAGCCCUCCAGUAGAUUAAUCGAUCUGGAUCACCUGCGCCCCAACAGUGAGCUCAUGCAGAAGGACGAUGCUGCCCAAGGUAUCCACAUGCUCCUGAAACUAUCGCCUGAAAUGCAGCUGGCUCCCAGCUAUGUGCCUUUUCUGAACCCUCAGACCACGUCCUCCUCGGCCGAGCCCACCAUGGUCCCUACUGAGGACUUCUUCCCCACCAACACCAUGGCGGUGGACUGGGGCUCCGGAGACUACCUGGAGACCAUGACCUUUAUGGGCUCGGAGGGCGACGACUUCUCCCUGGUCACCAACCUGCCCACGGACAUGUACGACCUGGAGGACUCCAACGCGGAAAGCUACGACACCUCCUUCCCCUCCCGGGUCGGCGUGUCCUUCUCCUCGAUGCGUCACGUGACGUCUUCACUUAGUCUCACUACAACAGAUUACAGCUCUGGUGUUAGAAGUGUGGCCGCCACAUCUGUUCCUCCCUCUAUCCAUCCAUCUCCCAGUCACCCCAUGCUAGCCUCAACACCAACACCAACACCUCAAGGUAGUCUACCAGAAGGUUCAGAUGUAGACUGGACAGAUACCUUCACCGUUGAACCAACAGACCUUCUCCUACCAGACAUGAACAGCCUGGAGUACUACACCAUCCAGCUGACCAACGAUGACUCAGAAGAACACAGAGGCACUAACGUGACCACCACCUCCAGACGUUUCUCCCUGAUGUCCAUCAGCACCAACCACAUCAUGGCCACCAGCGCCUUCACUGUGGACCCCAGCCACAUUCUCACAGCCUCCUAUGGAGUGGAUGGAGUGGAGGUCCAGCCUUCUGACAACACUACCUGGAUCGAAGAGUCCUCUGAUAUAUCUGGCUCAGAGCCUCUCAAUACAACCACAGCAGACGGCACGGAGAUGACUUCUCUGAAUUUCUCAGUGCCGUUCCUGGAGCCUUCAGUAGCACCAACCCCCUCCAUGGACCUCACAUCCUCCCUGUGGGGUGUCACUGGUCAGGUGUCCUCCGGGGAAUGGACGAGCCCUGUGGCCACCUCCAGUGUCGGACUGGACAGCAGCUCUGUCUUAGUGUCUGUGCAGCCUAGUGCUAUGGCCUCUGAGACAGACAUCCAGUGGUUUGUGUCCCCCAACGCCACAGAGACGGCCCUCAGCACCGCUCCCGUCACUCCUGUGUUGACCACCUCUGUCGCAUUCACCCCAGUGCCUGGUCAGACAGAAUUACCCCCCAAUGUCACCUCAGGCCCCACAGAACCAUCCACCAAUGCCACCACCUUCCCCCCGGUGUCAGUCAUGGCUGACCAAGGCAUUGAUACGGAUAGUCCUGUCACAGCGGUGACCAACGACAGUCAGACUACAGUUAGCACCCUAGACACCCCCUCCACAACUGAUCCUGCCACCACCACCACUACUACUACUACUACUACUACUACUACUACUACUACUACCACCAUCACCACUGAGGCCUCUACAACCGCUGCUCUGGCCACCACCACCCCCUUAAACAUAACAACCACGAAGAGCCCGCCUACAACCAUUGGCCACCAGUACCUCUGUAACGUCACCAAGCCUGUGUACUUUGUUAAAGUCGGUUUUCCCCCUGGGGCCACUGUUGGAUAUGCCAAAUCCCAAGUCCGAGAUGUCCUGAAGACUGAAUUCAAUAAAUCAAUUGAAUUGCAGGUUGCUAAGAGCCCUCCAGACUUUGUGUUCCGGGCAGUGUCGGGUCCCUUGGUGUACACAGCCAUAUCUGUCAUCAACGCCCUGCGCAAGUCAGGCCGACGCUUCCAGCCCAUCUCACACUACUGGAAGGUACCAGACCACCAGUACCAAGUCCACUCAGUGCUGCAGUUUGUGCCCAGCCACAUCGACGUGCGAGUCUGCAACUUCAGCGAGCGCAUUGAGAAAGGCCUGACCAUGGCGUACGCCGAAGUGCGCCGACGCGCGCAGGAGUCCACGAACUUCACUGUGCACAUUGUGAACAUCACCAUGAAUCAGCCCAGGAGUCAGCAGAGGGAGCCAGUGGACGUGACCUUCGCGGUGCGCGACGCCGUCGGCUACCUGAAGGGGUCAGAGGUCAGCAACCACCUGAGGCUGCUCAACAUGGUGGAGUUCAGCUACUACCUGGGCUUUCCCGUGCUGCAGAUCGCCGAGCCUUUUCACUACCCAGAGUUGAACACCACCCAGUUGCUUCGCUCGUCUUGGGUUAGAACAGUGAUGCUGGGUGUGCUGGACCAGGGGGUGGACGGUCGGACCUUCCAGGCCAAGAUGGAGCGUCGUGUGGCCCUGCUGCUGGGAGAGGUGCUGGGGGUGGCCAGGCGUACCAAGAGAGCCACCAGCGUGGCCAACCACAGUGUUCAGAUUGUGAGUACGACCAGGCUGGUGGGAGCGGACCACCCUCUGGAGAUGGUGUACUUUGUGGACGGUCCUAGCGGACAGCGGCUGCCUGCCAUCACCACAGCCAACAUUCUGAACAGACUGGAUGUGCAAAGGGCAGCCAUCGUACUGGGCUACAGAGUACAGGGCAUCCUGGCUACACCUGUGGAGAAGGUGGCAGGGUACCCUCCCCCGGACACAGAGAACACCAGCAUGUGGAUCAUCAUCGGCGUGGUGGUGCCUCUAGGCGUGGUCAUCGUCAUCAUCUCCAUCCUCUACUGGAAGCUGUGUCGCACCGACAAGCUGGAGUUCCAGCCUGACGCCAUGACCACUGUCCAGCAAAGACAGAAGCACCAGGCUCCCAGUGUGAAGGGCUUUGACUUUGCCAAGCUGCACCUGGGCCAGCACAGUAAGGAUGACAUCAUGGUAAUCCAGGAGCCUGGUGCCCCCGGCCCUCCCCCACCCAUCUCCAACACCAAGGAGGCUGCCGCCACCUCGAAGAACGGUGAGGUCCCCACCCCCAGGUCAAAAGGGACCUCCAUCUCCUCCACCAAGGCGUCCCGCAGCGCAUGCAGACGAGGAAGGGACAGGAUCUCUCCGUCGGACGGGGACUCCAUGGUGAGCGCUGGGUCCAGUGAUCGUGAGAGGGAGUUAGCCGAGGAGAACCUGAGAGCCUUCGCCACGCCCAACGACAGCAAGCAGGCCCGCAAGAUCCCCAUCAAUGUUUUAAAUGGAAAGAAUAGAAUUGGUCCUCCUCCCAUGAACGGCCAUGACGAGCAUCUCUCCUCAGCCUCCAUCUUUGAGCAUGUGGACCGCAUGUCGCGCUCGGCCGACGGCACCCGGCGCCUAUCCAAUAAAAUUCAGCUCAUCGCCAUGCAGCCCAUGGCUGUCCCGCCCCAGCACCACAGCCCCACUGUCAACGGCAUUAACGGCAGAGGGCCAGAUACACACAACAUCUUUAACAAGGAGAUCCAGGUGGCGUUGAGGCAUAAGUCUGAGAUCGAGCACCACCGUAACAAGAUCCGUCUGCGGGCCAAGAGGAAGGGUCACUAUGACUUCCCUGCCAUGGACGACCUGGUGGACAAUGGUCUGAUCACUGACCCAAAGGACCAGGACCGCAUCUACCACAAGGCCCAGAUGCAGAUUGACAAGAUCCUGGACCCUGACAUCCACAUGCCCUCACUGUUCAUGGAGCCUAAAAAGAGUGGCAGGGGGAGGCGUUCUCCCAAGCAGAGGAAGAAGCACCAGCUGAACGGCAGCCUGACAGACGCAGACAAGGACCGCCUCAUCUCCAACGACAGUGAUGGCACCUACAGGAAAUACCCCGGGGUCAACAACGUGGCCUAUGUGUCGGACCCUGACCAGGCCCCAGAGUCCGGGACCCCCUCCCCCAACGACGACGUGUUCCUGGGCUCCAUCUCGCCCCCUCCGGGUCAAGCCCCUCCCCCGCCCCCCUACAUGCCCCCCCUGCCCUCCAUCGAGGAGGCCAGGCAGCAGAUGCACUCCCUGCUGGACGAUGCCUUCGCCCUGGUCUCCCCCACCUCCCAGGGCAGCACGGCCGGCAUCACACUGCCCGGGGUCAACUCCAACCCCCCCAGCUCCAGCCCCCCACCUCACGGUGGAACCCGCCCCUGGGGUACUUCCUACCCAGCCCUCAGCCCCUUCUCCUCAAGAUACGCUGAGUUAGGAAUGUCGCCUCCUUCAGUCCAAGGCUUACUACAGAGACAGGGCCUGGGCUCCAGCUACCCACCAGGUGACCCAGGACAUGUUGACCAGCUCCCCCCAGAGAGCCACUACUCCACCAGGGGUCUGUACACUGAAGACCUGCCCUCCUCUACCAGGCCACGUCCAGUAGGGGGCACCAUAGGUGCCCAGCUCCAUCACCUGAACCAGGUGGAUCUUGGGAGCCGGAUCAAGGUGGGGUACCCGGCGGGGGGCAGGGCACCACCAGGUCAGACUGGAGGCUCAGGGUGGGGACCGUACUCUGACGAUGACUUCAGACCCACCAGAGACCCUAUGCCUAGUAGGAGUGCACUAAGGGAGCCCUCUUCCCAGCUGGACAUCUACCCCCCCGAGGAGUCCUCCUCUCCCCCCAACCACUCCUCGGCCUCCCUCAUCAAGGCCAUCAGGGAGGAGCUGCUGCGCCUCUCCCAGAAACAGCAAGCCGUGCCCAGCUACCACAGCUGAGACAGACGGCCUCCUCUGGUCCUCAAUUAACCUUUACUGCUACAUCCACCAGUCAUACCACUGCCCCUGCCUGCCAGCUCCAACCUAGCAAUGCUUCCCAUGGAAGUUCCUUUGUACAGGAGAGAGAUAGUACUGCUGGGCUGGGUCAAGGUGGCUAUUGGCAAACCAGACCAAACUGAAUGAGAAGAUGAAGUCAUAUAUGCCAGCUAGUAGCCUAACCAUGCAUAGGGUCAUUAUAUGAAUGAACUGUUCUCUAGACUGGAUCUUAGCCUCUGGCUCUCUGACCCAGACCCCAUUGGAAGUUGGAACCCAGACUGUCCUAUAACAUACAGUGUACUACAGUAUAAGUGACCCUAGCGGUUUGAGGGAGAAGGUGUGAACUGAAUGGUCCCCUGCUCCCUGCUCUCCAGCUCUGGCCAGGGCAUCUCUGCCAAAGCCUGGCCAUGACCGCUGAUCCCUGCCCAGUGUUUUUAAUUUGAGGUGUUGUUGCUUUCGUUCUUUUUAAACAGCAAUCUAGACUCUCUGUGUGAUGAUAAUAAGCAAUGUGGUUUGAUAUUCUCUCUCAUGCUGCCUUGACAUCCUAACAACCUUUCACAGUACAGUGGUCUUUCUCUACCAGUAGGACAUCUGUCAUUUAGGCUCAAAACAUUGAUACCAUGUUAUCAAUGACGCUUCUUACCAUUACCAUCCAGGUUUUGUUUUUGAAGAGCCUCUUCUCCUCCAUCUUCUUCUGGUGCUUCUUUAUAUGCUUUGUGUUUUCUGCCAUGAUGUUGAAUGGUGAUAUGCACACACCGUGAAACCAUUCGUCCCAGGUGCUGGAUAAAGGUGUUCUACAUUGUUUUCCGCCAUGAGCCACACAAUGCCUUGUGUUGUGACAGAGUGAGUCAGUUCAACCGUCUCAAUCUACUGUACAGCUAAGGUCAGAGUUCAGAGGGGACAACACUAGACACAGAGAGACAGAGACCUGCAAUAAUCAUACUGCAGCAACUCCCAUACAUUACUUUACCAAUGCAACUACAUUGAUUUUGUUGUCAACAUCUUCAGCACAAUGUCCACGUUUGACCUUAUAUAUCCAGGUUGCUGAGGAUGCUACCUUAUUAAGACUUGUUAAAUGCCAACAUAUGGUGAACCUAUAUGACAACAGUAUUUCUAUAGAUAUUACACUAAGGUCAUUUAUUGUGUAUAAUAGUUAAUUUAAUAAUUAAUUUGUGGCAUUUUAUAAAGUUUUCUGACCAGCAGACAUAGAUCAAAAUAAUUGACAGUACUGUACAAGCGGAUUGCAGUGCCUAUUCUAUUUUAUGAAGCUAAUAGAUCCAGUCACACAAUCUGAUCUAUUUAAUGCACUGUAUGCAGACUACUAGGUUGCACUUGGCUUUUCUCAGUGAAAACCGUCAGGCCACACCAACUAAAAUGUAAUUGAAAGAUUCAUAAGUCAGCGAAUGAAAGAUUCAUAGGUCAAGUCAAUUACGCAUUGUAUUGCUGAAGGAAAUGCAGUAUUUUCUCUGCUGAGAAACAGAGUCAGUGAUCACACACUUUCAUUCUCUGGGGUAUUCUUAUUUCAUUUCCUCCUUUUUCCAUGCAGUAUUGAAAUGUUCAGCCACUUCAUUUUCCACUGCAUUUUUCAGCGUUUGAAAGAAAACUGAAAUACAUGUACUGUAUUUAAAUUGUUCACCACUUACUGUUCACGGUCAACCUGUCAACUUAAGAUGUUUUGUGCAUUUUAUGUUAUUUUUAUUCUUGAAUGGUCUUGUCUCAUGUUUUUUGUUCCUCCUCGAUGUGUCUUCAAAUAUUUUUUGUUUUGUCAGUAACAUUUUCAACAGAAACUCCACACACAAUGCUGUGGGCAUUGAAGUGAUAUUUUAUUUCAGUAAAAUAAAGAGAAAGUAUUGAUUUUA